CAAUAGCGACUGACUUCACGUUGUCGUUGCGACCCUGAAGAACCCGGCAGUAUGGCCGCUAGUGCUGUGAGUCGCAGUAAGUGACAGCUCCGUAACAAUUUACCCCCAACUGUGGACUGAUAAGAACCCCGUGAAUGUGGUGAAUGAAAAUGAUUUAGACUGAUCUGUGACUCGUUAUUGGUAAAGAUAAAUCAUGAUUAAGGAGAUGGCCGAUGAUGAGGCCACACAGGCAACUAAUGAUGAUGCAAGUGAGUGUAAAAGAUACGCUGUGCAACUAGGUUACUGGUCGGAUCCUUUUAUUAACUUUUUCGUAAGGCAAACCGCGCGAAAACCUCCUGAAAUCAACCGUGGAUAUUAUGCAAGGGUUAAAGGCAUCGAGGUGUUCAUCGAUAAGUUCCUGAAGUAUUCCGGGGGCAAAGGGCAGAUAAUAAAUCUCGGUGCUGGAUUCGACACACUCUACUGGAGACUGAGGGAUGCGGGCUGUAGUCCCCAGAAUUUUGUAGAACUUGACUUCCCAAACAUAACAGCGAAGAAAUGCUAUCACAUUAAAAAACACAAGCAGCUUAUUGACAAAAUCAACACUGAAGAUGGCGAAAUAAAAUUCUCCACCACGGAUUUUCAUGCUGCUAAUUACCAUCUCAUCGGGGUAGACCUGCGACACAUAUCAGAGUUGUCGAAUAAAUUGGUACAGGCGGAGGUUGAAUUCAAUAUUCCAACCCUUUUUCUCGCCGAGUGUGUACUUGUUUACGUAGAUAGUAAUGCGGCAUCUGGUCUGUUGAAAUGGCUCGCCGAAAAAUUUCCAAAUUGUAUUUUUGUUAAUUACGAACAAGUUAAUAUGCGCGAUAAAUUCGGCCAAGUUAUGCUUCAGAAUUUAAGGUGCAGAGGCUGUUUGCUCGCUGGCGUUGAAGACUGUGAAUCAUUAGAGACUCAACAAAGACGCUUUACUAUAAGCGGCUGGCAGGGUUCUAAUGCCUGGACAAUGGUGGAGGUGUACGACUCACUGCCAGAGUCCGAGAGGAAGAGGAUUGAACGCAUCGAGAUGCUGGAUGAGAGAGAACUUCUCACACAACUUCUUCAACACUACUGUAUCUCUGUCGCUUGGAAUGGCACUAUGUUCAAGGAGCUUUCCAUUGCACAGGGUUAAAUGUUAUACGAGCAGAAAGAAAAUCUCAAACAAGUUACUCCAGGUAGUGAUUAAUACAAUCGAAUGCCUCCAUUCGAUCUGGUAACGAGAUGAUUAAUUACUCCUUUUUCCCAUUUUUUUUUUUGCGCUCCAAUUGUGAUAACGAUGGGUUCUAUCAUUGUGAAGUGAAAAAAAUAUGUAUAUUAUAUAAAUAUAUUUAACCAGACUGAGAUGGACUCUAGAUUAAUACGAAUGGAAUGACAUUUGUAUGGAAUGAAGAUAAAAACCCCAUUUUGGUAAUUGGAAUUUCGUGUUUUUGGGAUUUAACAUUUGUUGAAGGUCUGAUGGAGUUCUGUAUUAGUGAGAUUCCCAUCAAUUUUUUGUUAUUCCUCUAUUUUUCUGUGAUGAAGGGUGAAAAGUUCAGGGACUGAAUAUCUCGAGAGCCUUGGAAGACGCAGCGUGUCGCCUCAGGAAAUCAUUGAAAUAUCUUUUUAAAAAGAUUCUUAACGCGUUGUGAACAAAUAGCAACGAAAAACUACUUAAAAUGAAAGUAGAGAGAAUAAAUUCAGUGACUAAGCUGAUUAACUAUUAUUAACAUUGUAUUGAGUAGUUCUGAAUUCGUAAUUAUAUUAUGACAAGAAAACACUCUAACUUAUGAGAAAAAUUAUAAUUUAACUGCCAUUUGUAUUUACAAAGUGAUCCUCCAGUUUUUCCAUUUAAAGGUAAUUUUUUCAAUAGAUAUAACUUUGAAUAUCGAUAUAUUCGAUAAUACUCACUGAUAAUUGCUUUCUGAAGACAUCAGAUGAUUAUUUUCGUAUUUAGGGAGAACAGGGUUGUGGAUUCAUUGCAAACAGAUCAAUUAUCCCAGCCUAGCCAACACGAAACCCAUCAUCCAUUGAAUUAUUUUCUUAAAAAUCGAUGUGCACACCUGGAGUAACCAAUAAACCAAAAUUCCUAUAUUUUUCUCAGAAAUGAAAAUUAAACGUCGGAACCUGUCGCUAUAUUGUCAAAUAUUCGUAACUCUGAAUUUAUCUGCAUGUAGUAAGACUGUUAUACUUUCCUCACUGUUUUCGUUGUAAAACAAACGCGCAAUUGUUCAUUAAUGUCGUCAACUCACACAUUCACUUUAAAAUUCGAGUAUCAAGAUCCAUUGAUUUUUCGGAGAAGAGACAUGAUCGCUCAAAGAUAAAGAAUAAAUUAUUGAAGUUAUUCAGUCCUGAUUAAUUCAUGUUGAAAAUGAAGAUAAAUUCAAUCAACGAAGUUGCACGUGAAUAUAUUUUUUUUUAUCCUUGCACCAAAGAAUCUGCUGUCUGACAAUACCACCGAAUUAGAUCCUCCAACUGUUCGAUGUGUUCUUUUUUAAUUUACGAGGGCAAAUCCGGGAAAAUUACGAUUCCUUGGGCAUUUUUCAUUUAUUAUCAGAAAUACUUCAGAAAAUCGACACCCCUGAAGGAAUCAAUUUUGUCAGAAACACUCCGAAAAAUUUUAAUCACUUGAAAAAGGCUUAAAUGAAAUACAAUAGUAAAAAAAUAAAACGUUGAAAAUAGAAUCUGCAAAAAUCGUGGGUAAACGUACAGAAAAAAAUUUUCAACCUUGACAUCAAAGGAAUCGUAAUCAUCCCGCAAAUUCGAAUAAUUGUGAGAAUAAAAUUUUUCAAUAUCAAAUUUAACGUUUGAAGAAUAUUUUCCAUUCGCUACAAUCAUUCCUAGCAUCUUGAAAAUUAAAGAAAACAUUUCGACUCAGUUUCCCACUA